AUGGAGCCACCAAUAUAUUCAGUUGAGCUGCCCAAUACAAGAAGGCCAGGACAAACUGGGAUUUAUCGUAAUUCGCUUUACCCAGAGACUCUGACUUUCUCGACAAGUCCUGAAGUCAAAACUCUCUAUGACAAUUUUCAAUACGCACUUAAAAUAUCAAAGGACCGAAAUUGUAUCGCACACAGACCUUAUAAUAAGAUAACUAAACGAUAUGAAGGUUUUGUUUGGCAAACUUACAAACAAGUCAACGAGCGCGUUAACAGCUUUGGUUCCGGGCUUAUGCAUUUGAGCAAUACCGUUGUAAAUAAUCCUAAAUCGAAACAAUGGUCUGUUGGAAUUUAUUCAAAUAAUAGGCCUGAGUGGUUCAUUACUGAUCAGGCGAAUGUAGCAUAUAAUCUUAUCACCGUUGCGAUAUAUGAUACUUUUGGCCCUCGUAAGUAA